UAAAAGGGACGCAGAGACGAGCACUGGCUUCCAAUCGUGGCUGGGUGAGCCAUUCGUCCAGGGUAGGAGAGACAGAGCUGAUUAUUCUUUUCUUACUGUAGAUCUCUCGCCAAAAAAGAGGAGACUUUACUGAGGAAGCAAGUUCAACUUUGAGAAACAAAACGAGAGAGAUAUGCCACAGAACGUGGUGCUGGACGGGCCAGCCCCUUGGGGAUUUCGGCUGUCAGGAGGCAAAGAUUUUAACCAGCCGCUGACCAUAAGUCGGGUGACACCAGGCAGCAAGGCAUCUCGGGUCAACUUGUGUCCAGGAGACAUCAUCCUGGCUAUCCAGGGAGCGUCCACUGAUGGUAUGACUCACGCUGAAGCUCAGAACAAGAUCAAAGACUCCACCAAUCAGCUUUUCCUCAAGAUAGAGAGGCCAGAAACAAAGAUGUGGUCACCUCAGGUUAUAGAAGAGGGGAAAGUGAACCCAUUCAAAAUCAAUUUGGAGGCAGAGAAGCAAGAGUAUAAACCUAUUGGCACAGGUCAUAACAGAAGAGCACAGCCCUUUGUGGCUGCCGCCAGUCUGGAUGACAAAACACAGGUGGUGAGCUCCACUUACAACACUCCCAUAGGCCUCUACUCUUCAGAUAACAUCCAGGACGCCCUGCAAGGACAGAUCCGGGGUCUGGUGCAUGAAAAGCCUGAGGGCCCUAAAUCCCUGACGUCCCUUGAAGACUCUCAUGUGUACCGUAUGCUCCAGGACAACCAAGAGCAACCACAUGAACCACGUCAGUCUGGAUCAUUUAAGGCCCUGCAAGACUAUGUGGAGAGUGAUGGCACAAGGCCCAUGGUGACUAGAAGUGUAAAAGCCCCAGUGACAAAACCCCAAGCCGCCACAUCCUCACUCCAGAAGCUGCCUCUCUGUGAUAAAUGUGGCACUGGCAUUGUUGGACCGGUGGUGAAAGCUCGGGACAAGUACCGCCAUCCAGCCUGUUUUGUGUGCUCAGACUGCGGCUUGAACUUGAAGCAGAAGGGCUACUUUUUUGUGGAGGGACAGAUGUACUGUGAAGCCCAUGCUCGAAUGCGAAUGACCCCACCUGAGGGACAUGAUCUAGUUACUGUAUAUCCUACUGCUUAGAGGGACGGACAGUCG